AGUCUCUUUCUCCUCUCACCUUUAUCCUAGGGAUGACACCAGCAUCAAAGAGCCUCUGUGAUUACUGGUGCGCCUCGAGGCUCCUGCAUUCCCUCCUGUUUCCUGCCCUUCAUUGGGAGAGCCACAAAGAAUGCUCUCCUCUCAGUCCCCAAGUAUCCCCCAGCUAGCUAGCCCCUAAGCUCAGAGGCAACCUCAGCUCCAGGAGGCGGGGACCAAGUAUGGAUUUCCAAGAGGGUCCCUCAUCAUUUAGGACCAAGGCUUUAACAGGUCCCAUUUUGAGUGAUCUGGAGCAAGUCAGCACUAGCCUUUGGAACGGAGUGAGAGGCCAGGUGUGGUGCAUGCCUGCCAUCCCAGCGCUUCGGGGGAGGCCGAGGCAGGAGGAGCAUAACUUACUUAGCCCUUUCCAGCCUGUCUCACCUUCCAACCGCAGUAAACUCAGUUGAAAGGGCACGUGUUAAAACUGGGCCUGAAUCUACAGUGGUUCCAGGCUGUCGCAUCAUGGUUUGUGUCUGGUGCUGACUUCAGGCAACUUUUUAAGAAAACCAUUAUUCGCCUAAGGAGCCUCAGCUGGGGAAAGUCGGACUCAAGCCAUACGGCCUUUUCUGUGGCUGAACAGGGUUCCUUGGGCUUCUGUGGGCUAGAAUGGGGAAGGGGACUUUAGGAAAAGAUGUGAACGGGGGGGGGGGAAAUGGUCCCAAAGUCCUGAGUGGUUGUUUUCUUCCCACUGACCAAAGCUGGAGAGGGAUCCCUCAGGAGGGUGUGUUCCGGAUUUCUUGCCUCAGGCCCAGGACUCCAACCAUUUUAUAAUGGAAUCUUUAUUUUGUGAAAGUAAGUAUGGGCAUAGUCGGGAAGCGGGGUAAAGCGCUAACCUAGGUGGACUUUAGGGAUGAAUUUUAGGGUCUCUCUCUCUCUCUUUCUCUCUCUCUUCCAUGUUUAGGCCUUUGCGCAUAUACCCAUGCAUGUUCAUGUUAACAGAUAACAUAGACGGCUGUGAUGUUUACCCCAGUAGGUAUGUUCUCUUUGUGUGUAUCUACCUAUGUGAUCUGUGUUUGUGUGUUUCUCUACAUGUUUUUAUUUCACCCACAUAUUUGUGCAGAAAAUUGUGGGGAGGGGGUAGUUUUGAAGACAGUCAUGUUUUCCAGGUAUGUUAUCAGAUGUUUAAAAGACGUAAUUGCAAAAGGCAUUUUUACAAAGUAUUUGGUCAAGAAGUUAAAACAGAUGCAUUUAGGAUCAUCGAUAUUUAGCUCUCAAGAGAACAUGAAAUGGUAAAUAUGGGAUCAGUAUCUGGUCAGCUAGAAAACUUUCUAGAUUCUUCAAAGCUGAUCCUGACUCACCCCCAGUGGGUAGGGGCUGGCCAAGCACUCUAGUCAGUGGCCCCACCCCAGCUUAAGCAGGUAGUAAACUUCUGCAUCUCCUAAUCCAAAGAAUUAAUGUGAUACUGUAGCCCCUGUUUCAUAAGGUGGUCACAAAGCAUGAAGGAGAACAAGCGUUCCGAGCUCACAGACUAAGUCUGGCAUAAGGAUACACUCACUAGAUAGCAGCUGCUGUCAUUAUUGCUAACGAGCAUUAUCAUCGGGAUCCGGACAGUUCUAGAUGCCUCCUGCAGAUUCCAAAGCUGCUACUGGGAGCUUCAGAGAGAGCGGUAGGAAAGAGUGUCCCGUGCCACCUUCUCAUUGGGUUCCUGUUCUCUGUUCUGCCCUGGCCCGCCCAGCCCUGGCCCCGCUUCCUGCAGAGUUAGGGCAGCGGGUGAUGCUCUUCCCCUCAGGCACAGAUAAAGGUAGGGUAGGCCAGACUGCUGAGUUCACGGAAGUCACGGUCACCAUUGGGCACCAAGCCUCUGGGGCACAAGGUAGGGUACUCCCGUUCGGCCUACCUUGUACACAGCUAUAUGAUAAAUGCUUAUGAUAUUUAACUGGAGCUUUUUAAAGGAUAGUUAGUAGACUGUAGAGGCUCCAGCCCGAACUUUACCUGAGAUCUGUUCUCUCCUCCAAGGUAGCGGGGACUCAUCUCUGGAGAAGGAGUUCCUCGGGGCCCCAGUGGGGCCCUCGGUGAGCACCCCAAACAGCCCACACUCUUCGCCCAGCCGCUCACUCAGUGGUGGAGAUGUUCAGCGAUGAGGAGUCGAGCCGACUGCUGGGGCCCGACGAGAGGCUCCUAGAUAAGGACGACAGCGUGAUUGUGGAGGACUCCUUGUCAGAGCCCCUGGGCUACUGCGAUGGGAGUGGACCAGAGCCUCACUCCCCUGGUGGCAUCCGGCUGCCCAAUGGCAAACUCAAGUGUGACGUCUGUGGCAUGGUCUGUAUCGGCCCCAACGUGCUCAUGGUUCACAAGCGCAGCCACACCGUCUUUCGGCAGGUCUUCUAGGCUCUGCACUGCUUUCAAGCCACACACCUCUAAUCCACACCUCUCCAGGGGGAAAGGCCUUUCCACUGUAACCAGUGCGGGGCCUCCUUCACCCAGAAGGGGAACCUGCUGCGUCACAUCAAGCUGCACUCCGGCGAGAAGCCCUUCAAAUGCCCCUUCUGCAACUACGCCUGCCGCCGGCGCGAUGCGCUCACCGGCCACCUCCGCACACACUCAGUGUUGGACUCUGGGGGCUUUCUCGGUGUCUCAGUAUAGGGCCAGGAAGAGAAAACGAGGCCACAGCGGAGAACUUGCGAGCAAAAAGUCCCCUUGUCUGAUAAACAGCUAUUACACCCGCCUGCCGCAUGGAAAGAAGCAGCCAGAGCAUCUAGACUCCCACCACCAGUGUGAAGCUGUGUGCCAUGGGUCCCCUCCUUCAGCCGUACCUUGUCACCUUUCCUCACAUUUGGUUCACCUGUUCUUCGCUGUAGUCUCUUCUCCCACAGUGGGCAAACCCUACAAGUGCAACUACUGCGGCCGGAGCUACAAACAGCAAAGCACCUUGGAGGAGCACAAGGAGCGGUGCCACAACUACCUGCAGAGCCUCAGCACUGAAGCCCAGGCUUUGGCCGGCCAGCCAGGUGAUGAAAUGCGUGACCUGGAGAUGGUGCCUGACUCAAUGCUGCACUCAUCGUCCGAGCGGCCAACUUUCAUCGAUCGCUUGGCCAACAGCCUCACCAAGCGCAAACGCUCCACGCCACAGAAGUUUGUAGGCGAAAAGCAGAUGCGCUUCAGCCUCUCGGACCUCCCCUAUGAUGUGAACCCCGGCGGUGGCUAUGAAAAGGAUGUGGAGUUGGUGGCGCACCAUGGCCUAGAGCCUGGUUUUGGAGGUUCUCUAGCCUUCGUGGGUACAGAGCAUCUGCGUCCCCUCCGCCUCCCACCCACCAACUGCAUCUCGGAACUCACGCCGGUCAUCAGCUCUGUGUACACCCAGAUGCAGCCUCUCCCCAGCCGACUGGAGCUUCCAGGGUCCCGAGAAGCAGGUGAGGGACCAGAGGACCUGGGAGACGGAGGUCCCCUUCUCUAUCGGGCCCGAGGCUCUCUGACUGACCCUGGGGCAUCCCCUAGCAAUGGCUGCCAGGACUCAACAGAUACAGAGAGCAACCACGAAGAUCGGAUUGGCGGGGUGGUGUCCCUCCCUCAGGGUCCCCCACCUCAACCUCCUCCCACCAUAGUGGUGGGCCGGCACAGUCCCGCCUAUGCCAAAGAGGACCCCAAACCACAGGAGGGGUUAUUGCGGGGCACCCCAGGCCCCUCCAAGGAAGUGCUUCGGGUGGUGGGUGAGAGCGGCGAGCCUGUGAAGGCGUUUAAGUGUGAACACUGCCGCAUCCUCUUCCUGGACCACGUCAUGUUCACCAUCCACAUGGGCUGCCAUGGCUUCAGAGACCCUUUCGAGUGUAAUAUCUGUGGUUAUCACAGCCAGGACCGGUAUGAGUUCUCUUCCCACAUUGUCCGGGGGGAACAUAAGGUGGGCUAGCGAGCUCUUUCCCCUCGCCUGCCCGCAGCCCGCCAUCCACUGCCCCACCUACAGGUGUCUAGCCAGAUUCCUAUUACACCCCGAGGAGUUUCGCAUUGUAGCCCCGCCCACUGGCCACCUCACUUCACACCUGACUCUGACCCUCUUCGCCGGUUCCUGUCUAUCCUGACUGAUUGAAGCAUUGCGACAAGACCAGUCUUUUGCUUAUAUUUCUCGUUCUAAACCCCUCUCUUCCCGGCAUAUUUGCUGUUUAUUAAUGACUUUUCCUUGGCCUUUGAAGACUUACUGCGAUCUCUGGCCACUCCUUCAUUCUCGCUUCCGCUCUAAGCCUUGUUUUCUUGUCGAUCCCACAUCCUCUGACAGCCCCAGGGCCUGGAAGCUCCUCUCUGUACUAAGGGACUCUGAGCUUCUUGCUUUAAUCCGCACGCUUACUUAUCCGACUGUUUGGAUGUCGAUACCUCCCAGCGGCCCCACCUGAGCUCUGUGGCAUUAUGAUCUCCUCUCUGGGACCCUCCGACCUGGUACUUCAUACCUCUUGUGCCCUCUCACUUUAGGCAGCUUGCACUAUUCUUACACGAACGAAGAAUUUCCUCAUUGGAAGUAGGAGGGCUGUAGAAACUCUCCAGGAAACUGUGGACUGAGGGUCUUCUUGACCUCACCUGGACAUACGAGCUCCCUAAAGCCUCCAUUCAGGAUCUCCCUCUCUCUGGCUCACCCCUCCGCACCACUCUGGUCUCAACCUGCCAGGUCCCUCACUGGUGGCUUUUCUCUUCUUGGAACGCCCCCAUUUUAUACUCUCAGGGGCUAAAGCUAGGUCCACAACCCUGCCCGACUCGGGGAGCCUAGCUGAGAACCAGGGCACGGGAAAGGGGGUGGGUAGAAGUCUCUCCUCUACCCUUCAAACUUGUUCACUCCAGUGACCUUCCUCGGCUCUCAGGGACCCCUGCUGUCCCCGUUGUAUGAGAAACUGGUGGGUUGCUGCCCAGUGACCAGGGGCUCAGCCCCAUUCGUCAUGCUGCCUUUUCCUCUCCCUUCCAGCAGGAUCCACCGUCUCAUUCCCAGGCUCCUGGGCCCUCUUAUUAUCAGUGGCAGGGAGAAAGGAAUUUUCUCCCUGCUAAUUUUCAGUGUAACCAAAAAUUGUCCCAGGAUGAAUGACAUGUAUGUGCCCGUCGACCAAUCCACCCUUGUUCUAGCAAGAAUGGGAUGGACUCAGCUAACUGGGAGCCAUCCUUCACUGCCCUUCUCUGGUGGUUGCAGAGCCCCUGGCUAUUUGGAUAAUCGAGGAUUCGUGAGGCUGUGCAGGAGAAGUCAUAACCCCACUGCACGUCUCUCUCUAUAAAGAGUUCCCUGCCAAGGCCACAGCCAUCCCACUCUCUGCUUCUUUGAGAUUCAAACCAAAGGCUGUUUUUCUAUGUUUAAAGAAAAUAAGAAAAAAAAGUAGAAACCAAACACAACACCUCAUAAGUUAUAAGUCUUGGUCUUUUCCUCCUCUCUCUCCCUUCCCCUCCAUCUUUCUUUCCACAUGUCCUUCCUUGGUUGGCUCUUUUGCCUCUCUCUACUUUUCUCAUUCCCUAUGAGGGACACGGAGAGGCAUGAGAGGGUUGGCUAGAUCAGAUCCUGGGACUGGGGCUCUUAGCCUUCUGGAGACGCUACUCUCCCCAUCAUGAGAAGGGUGGGGUGGAAAAAGCUUUCUUCCCUUCUUCUCCUGUGUUACCAUGGCUUCCCAGGAGGGCCAGACUGGCAGGGAGGAGCUUUGUGGGGUGGUUCUUCCUCCUUGACAAUGUAGCAAUAAACAGGUGCUGCCAAAGGUGGAGCCUGGGGUGCCAGCUCCCAAGGGAGUGGUCCCAGGAGAAGGGAAGGGUCUUCGCAACCAACCUUGGGACGGCAGCAGAGCUGAGGUUAGUAUCUGUGCUUCUCCUGUGCUGUUCUGGCUACUGAGCCUCUUCCCACUAGACCUUCUCCCACCACUUCUGUGUCUGCCAUCUACCUGGGGAUACCUCAGAAGGACUAGUUCCUCUGCGGCAUCAGAGCCUUUGAGUGCCCCAUUCCUCCCUUCCUCAGUCAGCCUUAGCACCUGUAACCCCCAGAAACCUGAAGGACUAUGUUCCGAGGCUAUACUCUGUGCCCCCAAGAGCAGAGCUGGGAGGACAAGACCAGGUGCUAAGGAGGAGAGGGACACCCCGUCUCUCUCCAGCCCAUCACUGCACUUUAACCAGGGUCUUAGGUACAAAAAUCCUACUUUCCAGAGCCUUCCAGCUCUGGAACCUCAAACAUCCGCAUGCUCUCUCCCAGCUCCUUUUGCAUAAAAAAAAAGUAAAGAAAAAGAAGAAAAAUCAACAACAAAACACCAAAACCCACACAGAGAAAAGAGGUGUUUUCUUUUUUAUUACUAUUCAAAAAACAACACCACAAAAAAGUGGGGGGGAGGGAGAGAAUUUCUAAAUAGACACUUUUCCAGACCUUUGUGUGUAUGUGUGUGUGUCAGUGUCUAAGCUGCAGGUGGAAUUUUGUAAUACUUCUGGCAGCUUCUUUCCUUGUGUAAAUAACAUAUAUAUAUAUUUUUAAUCAGAAAUUAUGAAGAUCAAAAAUAGAAUAAACACAGAAGCAAGUGCAAUACCACCUCUCCUCCUCCCCCAGGUUCCUUUGCAGCCUGUUUGGUGUCCCUUUUCACCCUCGCCCCUCACCUCUUCCCUCUUCAUCCGGUUCCUUAUCUACCCUCCCCUUCCUUCUUUUUAAAGAGUUUUCUCCUUCCUCAAAGGGAGUUAAACCAGCUUUUGAGACUUCCUGCAAAGCAUUUUAUAUAUGUAAUAUACUGUAAGUAAAUAUUUGUGUAAUGGAGAAAUACUACUGUAAGUUUUGUACUGUACUGGCUGAAGGUCUGUUAUAAAUAAACAUGAGUAAUUUAA